UCCCGUUUCCUGUUACAACGGAAAGAACUGAAAUGCAUUUCAGUAAAUUAAAGGAAAAAAAUGGUCCGAUGAUCUUUUUAGGUUCAUAUUAUUGUCAAUUUUUAUCCAUAAAAGUUGCAUCGCAUAACCAAAAUAAAAGGCAACCUGAAAUGACUAUUUUUGAGUUGUACUCUUGUUUCGCUUGAAAGCUUUGACCCAACUUAACAAUGUGAUAUUGGACAAAAAUUGUGAAAAUUAGCCAAAUCCAUGUUCAUCCUUUUCAUCUCUAUUAUCCAUCAUGAAAACCCCCCUUUAAGUUAAACAUGAACAAAAUUAAUUGUUCAUUUUGCCAUACCUUUUUUAUUCCUUUCUUCCUUCAUUGUUUACACUUGCCAUUGACAUUGAUUACCAAUAGGGCAAGUACAUUAUCCUUUUCAUUAUUUUUUGUCAACCGCAAAAAAGAGCGCAAAUAACAAAAUUGUUUUCCAAGUGCUUCAUUUUAAUUUGAUUCCAGUUGUUUGACACAAAAUCCAGAUUGGUCCAUUGAGGUGCAUUAUUGAUAAAGUGAUCAGACGAUAUUGCGAUCUUACAGCUGUUUGGUGUGUUUUUUUCUUUGUUGUUUAAUCUGUAAUCUCUAUUCUGAUUCCAUUGGUGUCAACUGUUUAAUAUUCAAAAUGGCUGGUGCCACAAUCAGUCGAUGGCUUAUUCUGGUUACUCUACUAAGUCCUGGUUUACUGGUUUUUCCCACCUUUAGUCAGGUUAUAUCUUUUGGUAUGCGAAAACUGGCCUAUUCAACCAACCAAUUUGGCUUCGAUUUACUUCGUGCAAUGGAUAAAUCGGAAUCGUCUACAGCUUUCUGUCCAAUUUGUAUAUCAUCUUCGCUAACCAUGAUGCUGAUGGGUUCACAGGGACACACCUCAACAGCACUAAGACAUGCAUUAUAUCUUUGGGGAAUGCAAACCAGUGAAAUUAACCUUGCCUACCAUGACAUGAUGACCCAUCUUGGUGUAAAUGUACCCAAUAGUGUUCAUUAUCGCAAUUUAGGUCCAUAUGGUCCGUCACCAGCAUCUGAUUAUCGUGUUUCCAUAGCCGAUAAUGAAGCCAAUACAGGAAACGAUAUAGCUUUUCUUUCCCAUGUUUACGUCCAAAGAGAUUUUGGUAUUAAUUACAGUUAUCACAUGCUUUUACAAAGAUUUUAUAAAACAGCAAUUCGUCCUUUAGACUUUAUUGAUAACGGGGAAGAAACUCGUCAACAUAUUAAUGCAAUCGUUGAAAAGGAGACAUCAGGAAAAAUCAAAGAUAUCCUUCCUGAUCGACAAUCACCAACAACUCAAUUACUACUUCUCAGUGCACUUUAUUUCAAAGGAUCACUUGAUCUCAAUAUUACUUCUUCAAGAAAACGCAAUUACAUAGCACCUUCAUCAUCGUCCUCAGCCUACAAACAACUAUCAGGAGCAUCUUCAAACCUUUUAGGCGUCUUCUCUGAGGAUUCAAUUAUCCUGGAAGCUCGAAAUGUCCGUAUUCGUUAUGGAUUCAAUCGUUUCUUAAAUUGUACAACAAUUGAAAUGCCUUUCAAGGGUGGCUUAAUUACUUUGGUAGCAAUGAUGCCCCAUGAUCCAUAUGGCCUAGAUACUCUGUUAACUCGAUUAUCUGCUCAGGUUUUAAGUGAUGUCAUCAAUUCACUGGAAGUCAGAAGAGUUGAUGUCAAGAUUCCUCGACUGCAUUUUGAGACAAGCGAUCGUAAUUUAAGCUUGUCUUUGGCUAAUUUGGGUGUCGCAUACAUAUUCAAACCAGGCUACUCUCAACUGUAUGAUAUAAGUGAUUAUAAAUGGCUCCAUGUUUCUGAUAUAAUUCAUAAAACUUAUCUUGAAAUUUGGGAAAAUCCAAAGACAUUUACCAACACAAACAUUAACAGUAUAAACACUAAUGGGAAUACCAUUAAUAGCAAUAAUGUUAACAAUAACAAUGGUAAAUCACAGUACCAAUCAAGCAACAACAUUGAGGUUGUAUUUGAUAAGCCAUUCCUAUUUUUCAUCAUGGACAACAUAAGUGGACUAAUUUUGGCAAUGGGUAAACAUGGAAGGGAACCAGUUAAUUACAGAUUGCCCAUUUAAAAGGAAAAGCACAAUUGACUGCAAAGUAAAACAUCUUUCAAAGAUCAAGUCAAGUGUCAUAAUGAUAGUCAAGCAAGACCAAAGACAAGACCAGUUUCAAAUUAUCCUGGUAAACAAAAAAUUUUGAUCCAUGUAAAUACCAACUUUGACCAAUUUCAUUGUUUCAUUGAACAAGUUAACCACAAACAGCAGAGUUGCAAACUUGAAAUGAGCGGUUCUUUCAAUUUUUUCAAAAAAUGUCUCGUUUCCCCAAUUAAUCAUUUUAAUCAUUCCAUAGUUUACUAUUUUUGUAUGAUAAUUUUUAAACUUGCCUUUUAUCAAUUAAAUUUUGAUACAAUCAAACUUAUUCUUGAACCAAGUAAACAUUAAUCAAGUUAACUGUUGAUUGACAUCCCAUAAACUGGUUUACUUGACAUAAUAAAAUCGUUU